AUGAGGGAAGGAUAAAGGGCGGAGAGAGACUGCCAUGGCUUCUGCUUCAAUCACCCUUCAAGGCCUCUCUUUCCUGCGUUCUCCAAAGCUUUCAGUUCCAUCAAACCCAUUUGCAGUUUCAAAUGUUUCGAAGUUUUCAUCUCCAAAAACUGCCAAUUUCAUGACGGUCAAGCCCCUUCCCAGAGCAUCCUCCGAUGGGGCUCCUACUGAGUUGAUUGAAGAUUCCAAGUUUGUUCCUUUGAAAGAUGAUGAUCCUCAAUACGGCCCACCUGUUCUAUUGUUGUUGGGCUUUGAAUUGGAGGAAGCUGUCAAGAUAAAGAAGCUUCUCAAAGAGCUGGAUGGUGAAUUCCUAGAGAUUAUAUUUUGCACUGAAGACAUGAUUACAUGCUCGCUGUGGGAGGCUGUGAACACAAAGCAACCCAAUCUGGAUACUUUAAAGGUUGCAAGAUCAGUGCCACGAAUUUGCUUCUUAUCUGGCCUCACGGGGGAGGAGAUGAUGAUGUUCAUCGAUGCAUUCCCAGAAACUGGACUGGAACCUGCAGUAUUUGCAGCUCUGGUUCCCAACAGUGCAGAUAAACUGCUCCAGGAGUUGAUAGAAGAGAUUAUGGGGGAUCAUGAAAUGCUGUCUGCAAAGGAAUCAGGCUAGAGAUCACCAAAAUGCGGAUUUGAUUUGAGAUGUGGAAGUUCAAGAGAUCAAAUUUCUGAUGUCUUAUUGUUGGCACACCCCAGUAGAUGGUAGUGUCUUUAGCUGCGGGGAAAAAGGAAGGUUUUGAGAUUAACUUGUUUGUAAAUGGUAUCUCGACACUUCUAUGAUAAUUGAAUGUGUCAUUUUUUCGUUUCA